CAUAAAGGAAAGGGUAAUUCUGUUAGUUUUCGCCGAAUCUGUAAAAAAGGUGAAACACAUGGCAGAGUACUUUCAGUUGGCUCUAAGAUAGAGAAAUGAAUAUUUUAGUAUCUGAAGAAUUAAGAUGAGAGACUUCAAUUUUCUUCCGAGUGAUAUUUGUCGAGCAUUAGGUGUUCUUUGGCGGGAAAGCGAUGCCUUGUCAGAAACUGUUCAAUCACCAUGACUUUCAAUUAAAUGAGACUUAUUUAUUUCUCAAACAUUUUCUAAAUGAUGUAGUCCAUUAAAAUCAAGGUUGCACUGCGAUUGUAAUCUAUCAGAUCUACUUUGGAGGAUUGGCGUGAAAAAAAAAGUCAGCCGCGGAGAAAGCGACAAAGUAGCGCUGAACUUCCAACAUGAUAUUGAUUAUGGUUGAAUCCCGCUGACCGAGCUGAGGGUUGUGCGGAAGUGUAGACAAUAAAUCUCUCAGGUCAAACCAAUGCGAGAUGCGUGUUUGAAAAGUCGGGUAGAUUAGCAGAAUACAUAAAUAUACGAUUUUAAAACGAAGUCUUCACAGAAGAAAUAACUAUAACCAUUCAGCAAUGUAGUAUCGCAGCCGGAAACCGGCUAGAACGGCGAACAAUUCUUCUCAUUCCGCUGGUUUACCGGUGGAUAAGUCAUAUCGGCUUCACUGCUUUCCGACUGAGCUACUCGGUAUGUUACUCUAAUUUUUUUUAUUUUUGCAGCUGUUAUCGAGUUUAUGUCAAUGCUUUCAUCAACCUCUUACAACGAUCUCUGGCAAAACUGACAGCUCGGCCCUGAUAUAAUGAAAGAAAUUGUGCGUUGAUUAAAAUUAAUUGUUAAAAUUUAUUUUGCAAAGCUAUUAUUUUAGUCAUGUUUGUGUUGGGCCCUAUAUGCACGAAGAGCACUUUUAAAGUAGAUGAUCUACGACACAUACAGUACACAGCUAAAGUCAUUUUAAAAACGGAAGCUCUCUUGUUCGCUGCUUGAGGUAAAAAGGAUUAUUUUACAAUUUGUCAUCUAUCAUAUAGUUUGUGGCCAAUCCAUCGUCCUUUCUCGCUCCUUGUCUUUCAAAUGCAAAUCGAAUGUAACAGGUGCCACUUUGGCAUGCAAAUCCUCGCGGGAACACUUGAAAAAUUUGAAACCGGCCGCAUUUUUAAAUUAAAUUUAUCUCUCGAUCUCACAAUUUGGGCACGAAAAACCAUGGGAAGUAAUCUGGCCCACGCAAACUGGUCAUUCGAGCUCGUUAUCUCAAGGGAUGGAGUGGUGCUCAGAAAAUGCAUGAGUACUUUCCAUUCUGCCAAAGAGAAAUUUGAGUUUAGCGAAGCCGGACUUGCAAUAUUACGCCCUUCACUUGAUGCCGUGCACACUGAUAAAGACUACGAAGGCUUCUCUGACAAAUAGCAAAAGCACUGGUAAACACUGGUACCAGAAAAGUUUCGCAUCCUAUCUGACAAGGUGGGCCUAAAUGGUUGUACGGUACCCGCUAUGUUUUCCAGAGAACAAAGAAAUUUAGUUUUUACAUGAAGUUGCUGUGCGUUCAGUUCCUUUGCUCAUCUUAUUUCACGGUACAUUCAUGAAGUGCUCUCUCAGCAGACUCAGUACCUUAUGCUACGUAUUUUAUUUACGUACGUACGUUAAGCCAACUUUUUUUCAUCUGUGCCUGGGAACUUCGUUCUGUAUUUGUUUUGGUGACUCGUUCGGUCUCUUAUUUUCGUCCCACCCCAUAGUGCCGGUCUCGCGACAAUACGGUGUUGGUUGUUGAUGUCAGUAAGUGGUUUCUCCAUGCCCACUGGCUUGUAGUCUGACUGUUAAUUAAACGACUUGUAAAAAUAUAAACAUCAAAACUUUACUAGCUGUCGUUUGAUUCUUGGCUACGUACGGUUUCCUGGCCAUUGUAUAUGUUAAUCCUUCGCAGGUAUCUGUUGAUUGUUUUCUCCCUAGAAACGUCCAUUGCAUGCAUGAUCUAUCUGCAUCCGAUUCUGAUUAUGUUCGAUUCAAAACUCUGUUGCAGUUUUGCCUGGGUAAGAAAAUGACUGACCAGGGUCUGCUUAACGAAAAGCUUUCUUGGGUUCCUAUAAAAGUUUUUCACACCAUCAAAAGCGCCAUGACUUGUUUUCACUUUUGUUAAAUUCUCACGUCCUUGUCUCAUGGCGAAAUGCAUUCCUUCUACCUAAAUUGCGCCUGUUAUUAAACUCAAACCGAACUGAAAAUGGUGAAAAACAACAAAUAACUCAUCUGACAGGAAAAUAAAAGUCAGUAGUCUACUAGGCGGAAAGCCAAGCUGUGAAAAUUACAGGUGAAAAGUCCCUCCCUUAAACACUGGUGUGGCCUGACGCUCUCACAUGGGUGUGGUCAAUUUGACCCGGUCUAUUACUAAAUACUGACCAUCCUCAAACAUGGGUGUCGUCGAAUUUUACCUCUUGGCCCCUUGUACUCUCACUCACACAGCUGAGAACAACGCGAGAUUUUGGUAACUUUGAAGUCUGUUUUAAAAGGUUCCUUUUCCGCAAAGUUCAACAUUUAAUAAAUUAAGGUCUGAUACAACAUGCGAAGUGAUUUUUCUAGAACAUAUUUUGGUUUUCUAUACUUGUUUGCUGAAACUAAGCAUUACUAGGCCGAGUUGACUUCUUAUUGCAUUCUCUUGCAUAUUGUUCUGGGAAAUUUGACCCUUUGAGGAGUACACGUUCUCAAAUAAUGAUUACUUUAAAUUAACCAAGUGGGGUCUUAGUGGCUUAUAAACACGCCAAAUAUUGCUAUAAAAACAACGACCACGAGGGCGAAAGUUUUGUUUUGAUAGUCUGCAUCAGAAUAGAUCUGCGCAUGAUAUCUAAUCUGUCUAAUUUUCCCUUUCUAAUCUUCCUUUGUUGAAGAUCGACUUACUCUGCAAAUCAUUAUGUUUUCGUACUUUUGUUACCAAAGAGAAGUGUUUUGGGCAUUUUCGGCAUUUUCGAAUGAUAAUUAACUGUCAGGGACCAUUUUCACUAAUUAUGAAGACCUACGAAACUGAAACUUUUUUCACAAGGUUUCUUCGAUUCCUCAUUGUUUCAUCAAGGAAACAUGAAGCUAAGCUUUUCACGCUGUCGAUAAAGUUGUAUGCAUGACCUCGGAUAUUAUUGAGCGGCUUCGUCAACAAACUGAACUCUGUGGGUGAUCGCCAACUGGAUUUUUUCCAGUAAGUCGAGUUACUCUGGUGAUAUGAUGCAAUGUUUGGGUUUGUGAAAAUCACAAAGCACGUGAGUGUUUAGUCAAAGGAAACCCCAAUUGUUUUCGGCAAUGUUCGAUUCUUGAAUAAAUUAAUCUGUUGUUUUCAGUUUCACUCACUUUUGCCUUAUUUAUUGGCAGAAAUGAAAAGUUAUGAACAAUUAUUCCGUGAGUAGUUUCGAGAAAAUUUCUGUUUUCAGGGAGGUAUCUCACGUGAAUUUCAUGCGUCAGUGUUUACAUUGAAAGGACGGUCAAAGUGCAGUGACAAAAGGCGAUUCCUCGACCAAUCACAGACGAGCCGCUUUUCGUGUUGAUGAAUAUUUAACCUGAAGUUUUCCCGCGCAGAGUCAAAAGACACCCGGUGUUUUCUUUGGGAAACGAAGUUCGAGAGUUGGCUUGAUCUCGUAUUUCGUAUUCAGAAUUUAGAGGAAACCUCAGCCUUGCGGUGAGAGCGGAGUCCCUUGUAACCUCUGCCCUUCAACUUUGCUUCAAUGGCUUCGAAAGCAGAAGAAGCGGCCGCCGUACAGCCGCUAACCGGCGAUCAUGGCGACAAAGAAACGAACGGAGACGCUCUCCCGGCAAUUGAGGACAACAGAUCGGUUGGCCUUAAAAAAGAAGUUACCCUGCUCAAUGGUAUUGCUCUUGUUGUCGGAGUGAUCAUCGGCUCCGGGAUUUUCAUCUCUCCAACAGGCGUGCUCCAAAGAACAGGCUCGGUUGGUAUGAGUUUGGUCGUAUGGGCCGGCUGUGGUUUCCUCGCGCUUUUGGGUUCUCUCUGCUACUGUGAAAUGGGUACUAUGAUCCCCAAAUCUGGUGCGGAAUACUCCUAUCUGUACGAAGCCUUUGGUGCUCUCCCCGCCUUCCUGUACAGUUGGACCCUCGCUCUAAUCAUUCGGCCAUCCUCCCUUAGUGUGGUCGCUCUGACUUUCGCACGCUAUGUGAGCCAACCUUUCUUUCCCGAUUGUGAGAUCAGCCCGAUCCCUGUGCGAAAAAUCUUGGCAGCGACUUGUCUGGCACUGACCAUGUUCAUAAACUGUGCAAGUGUGAAAUGGGCAACACGUAUACAAGACACUUUCACUUUUGGAAAACUUAUUGCUCUGGUAAUCUUGAUUGUAAUUGGCCUCAUAGAGAUUGGAUCAGGUAAUGUUCAGAACUUUGAAGGAUCCUUUGAUGGAACUACUUCCAACUUGGCAAAUAUUGGACUGGCCUUCUACUCUGGUCUUUGGGCGUAUGAUGGAUGGAACAGCUUAAAUUUUGUCACUGAGGAAAUGAAGAAUCCUGCAAGAGAUCUUCCACGUGCUCUCAUGAUUGGAAUUCCUCUUGUGACCAUCGUAUAUUUGUUGACCAACAUUGCUUAUAUUGCUGUGGUUGGAGGAGAGAGAAUUCUGACGUCAGGUGCAGUUGCUAUGGUGGUUGGAGAGGAAAAGAUGGGUCCUGUUGCAUGGUUCAUUCCCAUCUUUGUUGCAUGCUCCACAUUUGGCUGUGUGAAUGGUCUGGCUUUCAGUGGUGCUAGGCUGGUUUUUGUGUCAGCUCGUAAUGGCCACAUGCCUAAAGUACUUGCCAUGAUUCACAAGACACGCAACACUCCCAUGCCUUCCAUUGUGUUCUUGCAUGUAAUUGCCAUGAUUAUGUUGAUUCCGGACUCCAGCAGUUUCAGCACCCUUGUCAACUACUUCAGCUUUGCCGCAUGGCUAUCGUACUUUGCAGUCUUUUCAGCUCUGCUCUACCUCAGGUGGAAACGUCCACAGGCAGACAGACCUUACAAGGUUUGGCUGAUUGUUCCCAUAGUCAUUGCCAUAGCGUCCCUGUACUUGUUGAUCACUCCAUUUUGGCAGGAGCCUGUGGAGUCUUCCCUUGCCCUCAUCUUUAUAGCUCUUGGUAUUCCUGUUUACAUCAUAUUUGUUUGGUGGGACAAAACCAGAUAUGCCUGCUCUGGAUUUUGUGGACGAUUCACCUACAACAUGCAAAAGAUCUUCAACAUCUCAUUAGCAGAGUCUCCUGAAGAAACUCUGUUUGAAGAUUAAACCUUCACUUGUAUCCAUUCCAACAUCCAGUUGAAACCAAGAGAGCUUGGACAUAACAAUUAAUUUAUCCAUACAUAAUUUAUGCUUACUGUAAUGUAGUUCCAUUCAUUGCUAUGCUGCUCAAAAGCAACAUAAGGCAGGCUCUCUGUGCCUGUAACUUGCUCUAGUUUUGUGUUGAUUCAUAUAUAUUUGUAUUUCUACAAGACUACGUUGAAUAUUGUAGUUUUAACUGAAAGGGAAAUUCAUUUUACCCUAAUUAGUGUUAGUGAGAUUUGGUUCAAUCUAUGAUAUCUUUCAUUAUUUAUGUUAUAAAUCAUUUUAGGAAAUCCUUCACUUAGCAUUGUUUGUUAGGUAGUAAUUUGCAAAAUGGACAAAAUUUGAGAAUUUUGUUUCAAUUUUGAACUUACAUGUAUGAUAAUAACAUCGCAAGGCAUCCAUUUAACUGGUCACUGACACCCUGCUUUCAUUCAUUAUUUUAGAAUUAUAUUUUUGACGUGGAAGAUUGAUUGGACUCAAUUAAAUUUAAGUUUUUAAGGAGGGUAUCCUUUUUUCACUGAAAAAAUCUUUUUUUUUUCUCGUUAGUGGUUUUGCUGCAUUUCAUAGAAAAUGUUAAUUGCUCCAUUCAUUUACUUGAAUUGUUGAUUUUGGUUAGAUUUUCCUUAAAGAUUCAAAUUGUACUCUAGCAGAUUAGCCCUUAAUCGUGUGAUUUAAUAUUAUAAUCAUGUAUGCAAUAUAAUAAUAAGUUCCUAGAAAAUUAGCUGUGGAAAUGAUUUGAAGUUAACUUAGUCGAUCAAAAAGGAUGAACUCAACUUCCUUCUUACAAUUAUUGACAAUUACGUACGUGUUAGUAUAUGGGAAGAAUUUACUGUAUUUAAAAUCAUAUGAAGUGAGCCUAGACACAAAGAUCACUUUUGAUUCAUCUAGCUCUGUGUUACUGCAAUCAUGUUCUACAGACGUACAUGUAUACUUAGCGACGCUAUAUUAUAGUAUAUACCCUACUUUAACUCAAUCCUGGUCAUAUCGGAAAUAUACAUUUUUGUGAGUGGCUGACUUCCUGUGAUUCAGUUUGGAAAAUCGUACAUUGAUUACCUGGAAAUCUUAAAAAUAGGAUUCAAACUAUGCGACGUCGCGUUUGGCAAAAGACGUCCCAUUCAUACAUGGUCUUGUUUAUUCACUGAUUUGGUGUCUUUGGAGGGGAUUAUUCACUACAGGUAAUAAUAACUAGUAUUUUCGUUUGGAGACAAGUUUUAGUAUGUUGUAGAAAGUUGAUACGAAAGGUUAUUGCUAGAAAAAGGUAGAAAAGUUACGUUUAGGACAAGUAUGAAUGACUUUUAGAUUACAUGAAUUUCCACUAGGAAGGUAGUUUUAUUUAGUUAAAAUUAUCCUCAACCCAUGAUUUAGCCGUUUUUAAUUAGUUUAGUCGUAAGAUUUUAGUCAAAUUGAUUCAUCAUUCAAGAUAUGUUAGGUCAAUUAUAGAAAAUUUAGUCGAGUAAGGAACGGGUGUUGACCGUAAAGUAGCUGCGACUUUACUCUGCAGUUUGGGAUGAUAGUUACUGAAAGCUUUUGCAAGUGUAAUGUUUUACACUAUUUUUUCCUUAACUUAUUGAAACAAACUGAUACAAGUGACUUGUGAGAAAAUGGAAAGGUUUUAUUUAAAUAAAUAAUAAACUGCGACAGAAUUCGUGCUAGUGGAGUUUGAAAAGUGUUUACGAAACUCGCGAAUAGGAUUGAAAAGUCGGAUCACAGUAUUUAGCUUAAAAACACAGUUAAGUUUUAUUUAAUUAAGAAUUAAUGUAAGUGUUAAAGAAAACUGUGUUUAUAGUUGUCAAGGUGAGGUUAUUAGUCAAUAAGUGAAAACCUUUUAGUAUGUUUUCGCGGCGUUUGGUCGAUCACACCUUCGUCGAGUCGGGUCUGGCAGAGUCGGGCUGAACCGUGCCAAGUCGUUACCAAUCGAGUCAGGUCGAGAGUAGUCAUGUACGCUCGAUCUUUGUUCGGGAUACUUCGAUAUACGAACUUCGAAGACGGUAUUCCUUUUAAAGUGAACAUAAUUCUAAAGCAAAGUGGAAUGAAACAUUAGAACAUGUUAAGAUAAUCUCCUUUGUAGAGUUGACUGAAAAUCGAGCCCUCGUUAGCUCGUAAUUUCGUCUUGUUGCUUAAUAGUUUUUAAGGGAAACCUCAGUCCUUCAGACCUUUGUGAUACCCUCACCUUGCCUAAUCAUAUGCUCUAGGAUAUUUUAAGAAAACCUGUGUCUAAUACGUAUUUAAAGAUAAUUGAUGUUGUGUCUAACUUUAUGUACAUAAUCUAGUGAAAGUUAGUUAUGUUUUUGCGACGUCGCUUUGAAUGUCAGAAUUAUAUCUAACACCAGGGCUGUAGCCAGUAUGAGGCAAACCGAAGCACUUGCUUCAGUUUUUUGUUUUUGUUUUGAAGAAGAAAAGUGAAACAAUGCUAAAUACCUGGGAAGAGAAUUAAAUCAUGGACAUAGCCUCAAUCAUAAUUUUUUCUAAAUAACUAGGAAGAGAAUUAAACCAUGGACAGAGCCUCAAUCAUAAUUUUUUCUGGUUACGGCCCUAAUUACAAGCGUAUGAAGAUAAUGCUGAGCUGUUUUGCUGCUGAUUAAAGUCAAAAUUAAUGUGA